AUUCUCUGCCUGCAAGCCUCUUCAGCAGCAGCUGGACAUUCUCUGCUUCUCUCUCCCUUCCUUACUCCCUGCCCUGCUUCCAAUCAUGCCGGCUCAAUUGAUGCCUGAGAAAACGCUUCAAGGCCUCCAUGUCUUGGCUAGGGACAACAAUCCUCCCUCCUCUAAAAGGCUGGAGGGAAAAAUUGCAAUUGUCACAGGCGGGGCCAGAGGAAUUGGGGAGGCAACAGUCAGGCUUUUCGCUAGACAUGGUGCAAAGGUAGUCAUUGCAGAUGUUGAGGACAAGGCUGGAACUGCGCUUGCUGACUCCUUAGCUCCUUGUGUUACUUUUGUUUAUUGUGAUGUUAGCUUGGAAGGAGACAUCGAAAACUUAAUUGACUCGAUUAUUUUACGUUAUGGACGGAUUGAUAUUCUUUUUAACAAUGCCGGGGUGCUCGGAGAUCAGAAAAAGCACAAGAGCAUUGUUGAUUUCGACAUCGAUGAGUUUGAUAGUGUUAUGCGGGUGAACGUGAGAGGGGUGGCGCUAGGAAUGAAGCAUGCGGCGAGAGUGAUGAUUCCCAGAGGAGGUGGGUGCAUUAUUUCAACGGCUAGCGUAGCCGGAGUCAUGGGAGGGCUCGGUCCGCAUGCGUACACAGCUUCGAAGCACGCCAUUGUCGGGCUCACAAAGAACACAGCUUGUGAGCUAGGCCGGUAUGGGAUCAGAGUUAAUUGCAUUUCUCCAUUUGGGGUGGCUACGUCCAUGCUUGUUAAUGCAUGGAGGAGCAGUGCUGCCAGUGAUGAAGAAGAGGAGGGGGAAUGCAUGAAUUGGGGGAGUCCAUUUGAGCAGGAAGUGGAGAAGAUGGAGGAGUUUGUGAGAGAGCUCGCCAGUCUGAAAGGUCCAACUCUGAGGGCAAAAGACAUAGCAGAGGCUGCUCUAUACCUUGCUAGUGAUGAAUCCAAGUAUGUGAGUGGUCAUAACCUUGUUGUGGAUGGAGGAGUUACCACAUCAAGAAAUUGCGUUGGCCUGUAAUAACAAUAGAUUCACCAUCCUAUUGUAUUGCUUUCAGUUUUCAACUCA